GUUUCUACAGGUGCCAGGAGAGUCCUACCAGUAUCAGGCGGAUGUGGAAGGGGAAGCAGGUAGAUUCCAGAGAAAGUUACUAAAGAAAACUCCACAUUUUGGGUUUUCUAAUGAAGGCAAAGAACGUUCUCAGACUGGAACAAGCAGGGAAAUGAAAGGAUGUUUUUGUUGCAGUUGCCCUUGAAGAAGGUCACCAGUAUGAGAAAGGAGAGACUCCAAGACAAAAACAAAGCCCAAAAGGAAAAAAAGCGAAGAGCCGUUUGACCUUUGAACGGCUCAGUUUGAGACUUUCUUCAGGCCUCCACACAGGAACUGGUUUGGCAGGAACACAUGAGGACUCAUCCCGCCUGCAGUCAGAUAUAUUUGCUUGUGCAUAUUGACUUGCUUUUCUUACUUUAAAAAAAGAAAAGCCCCCAACCCACGUCACACAGCAUCAGCAUAAGGGGCCAGGAUGCAGACCCCGGGACCCGAGCACGACGAUUCCUUCGACUACCUGUUCAAGAUCAUCCUGAUCGGAGACUCCAACGUGGGGAAGACCUGCGUGGUGCAGAACUUCAGGUCGGGGGUGUUCUCGGAGAAGCAGCAGAACACCAUCGGAGUGGAUUUCACCGUUCGCACUUUGGAUAUAGAAGGAAGAAAGUGAAGGUGAAUGCAAGUGUGGGACACAGCAGGACAGGAGAGGUUCCGAACCAUCACCCAAAGUUACUACCGCAGUGCUCACGGCGCCAUGAUCACCUACGACAUCACUAAGGCCUCCACCUUUGAAUCUGUGACGGACUGGAUCCAGGAAGUGGAACUCUACGGGGCGACCAACGUGGUCUUGGUUCUUAUUGGUAACAAAUGUGACUUGGAGGAGGAGCGGGAGGUUCAGUUUGAGGAGGCCUGCAGUCUGGCAAAAGAGCGAGGCAUACUGGCUGCCCUGGAAACAUCUGCAAAGGAUGGUCAGAACGUGGAUGAGGCCUUCAUGAUGAUGGCCAAGGAGCUCCUGUCUCGUAACGGCCUUCAGGUGCAGCAGGGAGAGCUGCAGAGCUACGGCAGGCCCGGAGUUCUUCUCAGGACUAACUCCCGUCCGGUUAACGGCACCGCGGGCAUGUCCUCGGCUCCUGCAGACAAGAAGUCCUGCUGUUGACCAGGUUUUGGAGCAAAGUGUCAGGAUGCACCAAGGUGGAAUGAGCAGAGAACUUUAAAACUCUGCAGUCUCCUUUUUGAGGAGGAUUGUGUUUGUGCCAGUGUUUGACUCGGAGACCUCUCUCUCACCUGAGAACCAGUGACAGCGGAAACCGAUCAUUGGAAAAUGUGUGAUUGAUUGAUUGAUUGAUUGAUUGAUACUUGUAUUAGUAGAUUGCACAGUUCAGUACAUAUUCCGUACAAUUGACCACUAAAUGGUAACACCCCAAUAAGUUUUUCAACUUGUUUAAGUCGCGGUCCACGUUAAUCAAUUCGUGAUGACAUCAUAGAUGUAGAUUUCAGUCAGAUCCGUUGCUCAUUGAUCAAAAGCGAAUAUUCUGCUUCAAUUCUUAAGCAAUAUCUAGUUCAGGGGUCGGGAACCUUUUUGGCUGAGAGAGCCAUGAAAGCCAAAUAUUUAAAUUUCCGUGAGAGCCAUAUCAUAUUUUUUUAACACUGAAUACAACUAAAUGCAUGAAUUUUUUAAAGAAAAAACAACAUUUUUAGAGUAUAAUAAGUCUCUAAUUAUUUUUAAUAACAUUGCUAUUUAUUGAACAGGUGCGUUAGAAAACGGAUGGAUGUUUUAUAUUUUGAACGUUAUUUUUAACAUUGUGAUUACCAGCGGAAUUAUUCAUUACUUAUCGUGUUAAGCAAUGUCAGCUAAGAUUUAUCUGAGAGCCAGAUGCAGUCAUCAAAAGAGCCACAUCUGGCUCUAGAGCCAUAGGUUCCCUACCCCUGAUCUAAUUGUUGACUGAGCAUUUCAUGGAAGCUGCUUUCAUACCAAUCAGGGCACUCACCUGUUCCCAAUUAUCCUGUUCACCUGUGGGAUGCUCCAAAUAAGUGCUUGAUGAGCAUUCCUCGACUUUCUCAGUCUUUCUUGCCACUUGUGCCAGCUUUUUUGAAACGUGUUGAAGGCUUCAAAUUCCAAAUGAGCUAAUAUUUGCAAAAAAAAAGUUAAUAAACGUUAAAGGCCUACUGAAAGCCACUACUAGUGACCACACAGUCUGAUAGUUUAUAUAUCAAUGAUGAAAUAUUAACAUUGCAACACAUGCCAAUACGGCCGCUUUAGUUUACUAAAUUCCAAUUUUAAAUUUCCCGGGAGUUUUUUCUGGAAAACAUCGCGUAAUGAUGACGUGUACGCGUGACGUCACGGGCUGUUAUGAAUAUGAGCGCUGCACACACACACAGCUAAAAGUCGUCUGCUUUAACGACAUAAUUACACAGUAUUCUGGACAUCUGUGUUGCUGAAUCUUUUGCAAUUUGUUCAAUUAAUAUUGGAGAAGUCAAAGUAGAAAGACGGAGUUGGGAAGCUUUAGCCUUUAGCCACACAAACACACGGUGAUUCCUUGUUUAAAAUUCACGGAGGUGAAACUUUACUAUGGAUCACAGUGAACAUGGAUCCCGACCGAAUGUCAACCAACAGGUUUCGGUGAGAAAAUUGUGGUUAAAAAGUUGCUUCUUACCGGAUAUCAGCUGAGCUUGUGCCGUCCAUAAAGCUGCCGUCGACUUCCCUGAGACACUGCGGGUCAACACCCGGCCGUGGACGUACACUUCUGACUAUCAGGUACUGUUAAACUCACUAAAACACUAGCAACACAAUAGAAAGAUAAGGGAUUUCCCAGAAUUAUCCUAGUAAAGGUGUAUAAAAACAUAUGAAUCCGUCUCAAUGCAAUCGCAUUUUUUUUUUUAAAUCUUUUUCUUUUUAUAAUUUUUUUUCUAGUCCGUCGCUAUCAAUAUCCUCAAACAUGAAUCUUUCAUCCUCAUUCAAAUUAAUGGGGAAAUUGUCGUUUUCUCGGUCCGGAUAGCUGUUUUUGUUGGAGGUUCCAGUUGAAAUCAAUGUGAAUAUGUGAGGAGCCAUCAACAUGUGACGUCAUCGUCUGCGACUUCCGGUAGAGGCAGGGCUUUUCUCCAGUUGCCAACUUUAUCCUGGAUGUUCUCUACUAAAUCCUUUCAGCAAAAAUAUGGCGAAAUGAUGAAGUAUGACACAUAGAAUGGACCUGCUAUCCCCGUUUAAAUAAGAACAUCUCAUUUCAGUAGGCCUUUAAAGGCCUACUGAAAGCCACUACUAGCGACCACGCAGUCUGAUAGUUUAUAUAUCAAUGAUGAAAUAUUAACAUUGCAACACAUGCCAAUACGGCCGCUUUAGUUUACUAAAUUGCAAUUUUAAAUUUUGCGCAAGGUAUCCUGUUGAAAACGUCGCGGUAUGAUGACGCGUGCGCGUGAAGUCACAGAUUAUAGCGGACAUUUUUUUUCAGCCCGAUCCCAGCUAUAAGUCGUCUGCUUUAAUCACAUAAUUACACAGUAUUCUGGACAUCUUUGUUGCUGAAUCUUUUGCAAUUUGUUCAAUUAAUAAUGGAGACGUCAAAGAAGAAAGAUGUAGGUGGGAAGCGGUGUAUUGCAGCCGCCUUUAGCAACACAAACACAGCCGGUGUUUCCUUCUUUACAUUCCCGAAGGUGAAGCUUUACUAUGGAACAGAGCGGUCAAGCGAACAUGGUUCCCUACCACAUGUCAAACGGCAGGUUUCGGUGAGAAAAUUGUGGUAAUAAGUCGGCUCUUACCGUAGACAUGAGCGGAGCUUGCGUCGUUCCCCGUGCACCUGUCAAAGAGGCAGCUGCGGACUCUCUUGCCUCCUCCGACCGGCCGCCGCCGAAGGUGGGAUGCUUCCACCGUGGAGGAGGGGAGAAAAAAGCUCAGCCCAGCCCCAACGGCUGCCUUCUCUUCGCCUCGUCGAGAAAUGUGGUUUCCCUUAGAGACACUGGCGGUCACACCCCUCCUACUUUCAGGUACGACCAUAUAAUCUAACUAAAACACUAGUAGCACAAUAAGCAGAUAAGGGAUUUUCCAGAAUUAUCCUAGUAAAUGUGUAUAAUAACAUCUGAAUUGCUCCCACUGCUCUGUCUUUUUUUUUCUUCUAGUCCUUCACUCUCACUAUCCUCAUCACAAUGUCUGCUACUUCCGGUACAGGCAAGGCUUUUUUUUUAUUAGCGACCAAAAGUUGCCAACUUUAUCGUCGAUGUUCUCUACUAAAUCCUUUCAGCAAAAAUAUGGCAAUAUCGCGAAAUGAUGAAGUAUGACACAUAGAAUGGACCUGCUAUCCCCGUUUAAAUAAGAACAUCUCAUUUCAGUAGGCCUUUAAGUAUCUUGUCUUUACAGUGUAUUCAAUUAAAUAUAGGUUGAAAAAGAUUUGCAAAUCAUUUUAUUCUGUUUUUGUUUACCAUUUACACAACGUGCCAAUUUCACAGGAUUUGGGUUUUGUAGACGGUAUCUCAACUUUGCAAGAUUAAAGAAAUGUUAAAAUGUUAUGAUGCAUCACAACUUUUGCUAUUUCCUUCAAUAUUUCAUGAGACAAAGACUACUUCAGGAUUAAUGAUGACCCAGAACCUUAUAUUUUUGAGCCCGAGUAUACAGAGGAUGAAAUACUAAAAUAAAUGUUAAAAUGUUACGAUGCAUCACAACUUUCACAAUUUCCUUCAACAACACUACUAAUCAUGGCAGAUUUCAUGAGAGACAACAAAAACUACUUCAGGACAAAUGAUCUAGAACAGUGGUCUCCAACCUUUUUGUAGCUGCGGACCGGUCAACGCUUGAAAAUCUGUCCCGCGAGUGGAGAUUCUUUUUUUUUUUCUUUGUCAUGAAAAAGGGAGGUUUUUGUCAUGAAAAAGGGAGUUUUUUGGGUUGGUGCACUAAUUGUAAGUGUAUCUUGUGUUUUUUAUGUUGAUUUAAUAAAAAAUAUUAAAAAUACAAA